AUGUCCAAGCUGUUCUCGCGCAGGCGAGGCAGCUCCGCCUCCCGUCACGCUCACCAUCUUCCCCUCGACCCGACCACCAGCUCAAAUGCUGCUGCCGCCGCCACUCAGGCCUUCUUGCGCAGGCCACCCUCGAGUGGUUCGCUCUCCUCCGCUGCCGCCGCUGCCGCCCUGCGAUCCCACACCACCUCGCCCGAGCCUGUAGGCAGCAUCCAGACCAAGCGCAUGGUCCGCAGGGGCUCGAUAUCCUCGGUUGGAAGCGGAAGCGUCGUGCGUGGAAGACCUGGCGUGCAGAGAAGAGGCAGCUCGAGUUCCAUGACCGAUCGCACCUUUCGAUCGCCAUCCCCAGCCAGUCAGCCUCACGCUGCCCGGCCUGUCCCUCAAGCUCGAGACGCACCCCCGGUGCCCGCGAUACCGUCAUCCCUCUCCACCGAGCAGAAGAGGUCGUCGAGUGUGCAGCCUCCUCCGAAGCGCGUCACUUCCCCUACACCACCAGGCCGUGGCACGCGCCGAGCGAUGAGUAUGGAUAGGACCGGUGCGCCUCCGCCCGCCACGAGCCGGAAAGCGCUCCGAUUAUCCAACGUCAACGAAGAGACGGAGACUCCAGACAGCAAUCGCAACGUCAACUUCUCGAGACCCAGGACCUCCCAGCCGAGUAGUCCUACGUCCCCUACCGCGUUUCCUACAACGGACAGGCAAUACACUCAUGGAACCGGCGCGUGGUUUUCGGAGCCGCCUACUGCCCCGAGUGGCAGACAACCGACGACAUCCAGAGAGGCUGCUCUGCAGCAGAAGAUAGCGAGAAUACAGGCUGCCGCCGGACAACCUGUCAAGAAGUCUCACGAGGCCACCUCGGCGCAAGGAACUUACCUGGGCAAGGCCAACCAACAACCCCCAAGAGCCCCCUCCGCGGAGCCUGCGCCAACUUCAUAUGAAACUUCGGAUUCCAUCAUGGUCUAUGACCCUAAUUCGCGAACAUUCGUGGCGAAACCUCGAACGAAGCCGAAAGCUCCAGCACCCGUGCCUCCUCUUCUACCUCAGUCAAAGCCUCUUGCGCCGGGAACGUAUGACCCAAGUACAAGGACCAUCGUCCCUGCCCCCGCGCCAGCUCCGGGCCAACGACCAGCAGUGCCAACGCUCGAGACUGACCCGGUACCGCCCCCUCGAAACCCUGCUCGUUUGUCGCCCGUCGAUACCCCUUCCGCGACAUUUCUCAAAAAGCAACCUUCAGUCGUGCGCGAGGAGCCUGAACUGGAAAGCAGUGGCCCAGUUCCAAGCUCGGUGAGAAAUGUGACGACAACAACUGCACCUGCAAAGUCGUAUGUGACACCGGCUGUGUCCAAGCAAAGAUCUUCCAGCCUCGAUAUCCCUCGUGGUGCCCUCGAGCGAGCCUAUCGUGGUCGCGGCGGUUCCACUUCGCCCAGUCCUGCGCGCUCGGCACAUUUCUCACAUUCUCCCGUGAUACAGGCCACCAGACACGAUCCGCCGCCUCGCGACAUUUCCCCUGCCAAGUCUGCCUUGAAGCAUUCACCGGCAUCCUCGAUUCGCACCCACUCGCCACUCGCCCACUUCAGCGGGCCUCGCUCGCCCAUCACCGAGACGUCAGACACCGCAUCUCAGGCUUCCGAGGAUGUCUUUACCGGGAGGAAGAAAAAGUCGGUGCGCGUCAGCUUCGACGAGCAGCCUCAUGAGAUUGAAGUCGCUGCUGCCCCUCCACCCAAGACACUUGCACGCGAACGCUCCCCUACUCUUGACGACCGGGGCGACGAAGACAUGAUGGGACCCAGACCGGUACUUCCAAGCUUUGGGAGCAUUCGCAAGCAGCGAGUUGCGCCUGAUGUAGCAGAAAAGGUCACGGAGAUGGCUCCGGAGAGGCAUGAUGCCAGUAAUGACCACGCCAUUGGAGGCAUUCUGCGGGAAGCCACGGAGGCCAAGUCCUCGGGCGAACCAGUACCUCCAGAGGUGACGAGCAAGGAGACUGCAGGCUAUGUCAGCGAUGAGAGCGACGACCUCGGGGCGCCAGCUGCGGUCAGCACUCCCGCACAGCCCGCGGCUGUCUCUUCUACCGAGUCUAGCCCUGAGGAGACGAAGACAAAGGAUUUCGCGCAGGUCCCGCAAGGUCGCCAGAACGAAGACGGCGAUGUCCCCGCUAUCAACCUGCUCCCACCCACGCCCGCUGCAGAAGAUGAACCCCGUACGCUUGCGCCCGGGCAGUCUCAUAAGCAACGAGAUUCUGCGGACAUCGAAAUGCCUGGUUCAUGGGACAAGAAAGGCGCAAAUCAAGCAGAGGUUACAUCGGCUGGAGCCGCUACGGCCUCAGCUCUCGCUGUGGACGCUACUCAUCAAGCUCCGGCCGUUCCGCAAGAUCCUGUCAUUUCUCAAAGUCCAGAGCAUUCGCCGACAUUGGCGGCGAUCGAUGAGGACACAGACAUGGAUGAGUUCAGCGACGCAGCAGAAGACCUGUCGGAACUGGACAAUGGUGGUUUUGCUUCUCUCGAUGCCAUUGCCGUGAGUCCGGUCAUCCAUUCUACUGCUACGGACCAGUCUACCGUGGGUACUGCGUCUCCUCCAGAGAGCCCAUCUGCGAAGCAGACUUCCAAGAAGGCGAAUGGUCAGGCGGAUGGUCAGGCAAAGGGUCACGCCAGUACGGGAUCGAGUGACUGGAGCGAGGCAACAGCAUAUUGGUCAAAGCUCAGCAAGCAGCAACGAGAGCAGAUUGAGCGGGAGCAUUUCUCUUCUGAUGACGAAGCAAGACCCUCGCCGGCUGUCAAGAAGACGAAGAAGAAGACGGCUCCGAAACAAACCGAGACUUCGGCACCUGCUGCUGCCGUUGCUACACCUGCCGCUGCUAGACCCGCUGCUGCGAAACCUGCCGCGCCAGCUAUGAAGAAGAGCAUGCGUGCCCAGCCCGAACCCACCCCUGCGGAGAGUGAGGUGCACAUGCGGCGUUCGAUGCGAAAUGGAGGGACCGGUGGUGGCAUGGCUGCCACUCUUCGCAGUGGCCCGCCAGCAUCGAAACAGCAGCCAGCAACAGCAACCCAAGGACCCAUGCAGAAUAGGAGCAUGCGGCCAGCUUCGACAGGCUUGCCAUCAUCCGCUGCCAGUGCCGCGACGCAUGCGAGACAGAGUAGCGACACUGCACGUUCAGAGAGCUCCGCAUAUUCCAAGAUUCAGCCAAAGCCAAGGCCGCAGCCCAAGAUGCAGGCAGCGCCAGUCGUGACUGCCAAAGUGCAAAAGGAACUCGCAAACGAUUCUGACUCGGAGAGCAGUUUCAAGAAGAAGCGGCGCACGCCUAAAGUGGACUCGUCGGGCAGAUACACCAUGUCACGGAGCAUGCGAGGCGGGCCUGUGGGCAGCGAAGCCUCUGCUCGGCAACGGCGGCAAGUGUCCCCAACACCAUCUCGCCAGAGAGGGGCAGAUUCUUUCAGCAUCAGGUCUCUGUCGCCGUCUGGCUCCCUGUUUGGCAGAAAGAAGCGUGUGGACGAUGUUCGACAGUCGAUUCGUGGGAGCUCUGUGGAUGCUGGGCCUCGAACAACCAUGCGGAAUCGACCUUCGUCGUCCAAAACUUCUGCCAGACCUGUCAGCUCGCGACAAACGUCGAAGUUCAAAUCACGAUUCAACGACUCUGAUGACGAAGGUGAAGAUGAUGCACCAAGACGUGGCGCGUUUAGGAGCAGAUUUGCGGACUCGGACGAUGAAGAUGACGAUGUUUUUAUCCCGGCCGAUCUCACACCUGUGAGGGGUAUUCCACGCCGACAAGGCCAGAAUGACGGGGACUCGACCGAUCUAGAAGAUGAAGACGAUGCAGAAGACGUCCGCAAGUCGACUCGCAUGCGCAAUACGCCUCUGGUCCCGGAUCCCGCGGACAUUGACAAGGCCAUGGAAGCUGCCCGGAAGAAGCUUGGCAUGACCAACGGACCACCUCCGCCUGCUCCGAACAACACCCAAGGAUCGUCGCUGCAGCAAGGUAGCUUGAGAGAUUCUCAACUGGAGCCUAAAUCGAGGCCGGAAGACGUUGUUGACUUUGCAGGGAAGAGGAGACGCGGCUUCAUGGGUGGUAUUCUGCGUCGCAACCGCAAUAGCACUGCAUCUGUUGCUACAAUCAGCUCAACGAGUAUCCAGCAGCGGCAGUCCACAGAGGUACCACAGAUGCCAGCCGUUGCUACAACAUCAUUCGCAGCCGCCACUGCGUCGCCAUCUUCCCCGUCAGCUGCUCGUCCACCGAGCCUGACAAGUCCCAGCGCGGGCAAGCUGAUCCGUCGCAGCUCGGCACAGCAGGCCCCCAGGAUGCGUCGUGGCGACUCCACCUACUCCAACGCCACGGCACCUCCCGAUGUACGUGACGUGGAGGCCAGGUACUCGGACUGGCCUCUCCCGGCCGUCCCUUCGAUCCCGGACAAGUACAAGGAUCGACCCAACACCUCCGAUGGCGCAAGUACGCAGCGGAGACACAGCGCAGACAAAGUGCGGUUCCAGGAUGUAAAUGGAGAGAAGGAUGCCAUGGGAGGCAAGAACAACGUGUAUAGCCAGCGCACGGGCAAGAAGAAGAGAUUUGGAAGAUUGAGGAGGGCCUUUGGGCUCGAUGAUUGA